AUGUCGCCGCUUCAAGAUGUACAAUCCGCGUCUCUAUUUUUGCGCCUUCCCCAAGUGAUCCGACAUACCAUCUACUGUUUUAUGGGCGUCGCAUCAAUUGGCAACACCCCUUACAUCUUUGACCUCCAUGACUUCGGUCGCCAGUUCCUGUUCGACAACAACGACCCAUCGCACCUGGGAGACUUCCACGGCCUCCUUGUUUCUUGCCGGCAAAUCCACAUCGAAGUGGCCGCCCUCCUUUUUUCCGCCAACUUCUUUGUCCUUCACUUUGGCGACACCCAGUACUUUGCACCCCUGUCGUUCUUCAUCAGACGUCCUGCCAUCAACGGGUGCGAGAUUGGGGGCAUUGUGAUUGCUGCGUGGAUAUCCGUUUAG